ACAAGUACUCGUGGCCUCUCGCCAUCGCCAACUAAUUGCUGUUGUCAGCUGAAGCACCUCUCUCCAGAGAUAUAUUGUUUAUCUCCUUGUGGACAACUUGGAUUCGAUGUCGCUAUUCUUGAUCACUGCCCGAACGAUUAAACAAGUAUUGAGCACACAGAUAAGUUGUCAUUGGUCGCGUGCCAUUUCCCUCGAUUUUAGAUCAUUAAUUUCUUCCAAAAAAUUUUAAUUUGCAGGUUUCUCUGAUUGCGAUUCGAGGCAUUGUUAUAAUGUCUAUGCCGAUUUUCUUUAUAUUCUCUAAUUUUUCAUAUAUUUAAAAGCUGUUCAGGCUUGAAGCUGCCCAAGCAUUGUCAUUGUUGAAACUUGAAAUGUGAAGGAUUGGUAAACAUGUACGAAAGGGGAUUGGGUUUGGCAUUGUCGCUUUUGCUGUUGGCUGCAGCUCAUGCUUCGAUCCACGAAUACUCCAAUGGUGGCUUUUCUCCACAGAUGAAUGCGUUCUCCUUCUAUGCGGGCAGUGAAGGGCUUUAUGCUCCUUCAACUACAGGCAACGGGAAAUCAUUCAUCAAGUUUGACUUACUUACAUUCCGAAGAACCAAUGAAUCUGCUUCUAAGCACGGGGAAAUGGAGCAUAUCACUGGACUAAUUGAAGCAAUCAUAUUUGAUAUAAAGGACAAGGAUUUGAUUGGGCUCGCCUCAUAUUCUGGGGAAACUGCGCUCUGCUGUACUCCUGACCUUGCGAAGUUAGAAGGCUGUAAACAAGGGCAUAUCAUUAUUCGACAAUCUUCUAAUGAAACAGAUUGGCCUCGCAGUAUUUCUUUUGUUUUCCAGGGAAAUGAUUUGGAGACAAAGACCCAGCCAGACACCAUCUACAUACCAAAGACUGGCAUGUACAAUCUAUAUUUUAUGUUCUGCGACAAACAACUGAAGGAUACUGUUAUAAAUGGCAGAACUCUGUGGAAGAACCCAACAGGUUAUUUGCCAGGCCGGCUGGAACCUUUAAUGAGAUUUUAUGGUUGUUUGUCUUUGGUGUACAUAAUUCUUGGACUUAUAUGGUUUCUCCAGAAUGUACGGUUCUGGAAAGAUAUAACACAACUACAGAACUGCAUAUCAGCAGUUAUUUUUCUCUGUAUGUUGGAAAUGACCUUGUGUUAUUUUGAGUAUGCUAAUUUCAAUGCAACCGGACGCAGACCUGUCAGUAUUACUUUCUGGGCAGUCACCUUUGGGGCUAUUAAGAAGACCGUCUCUCGCCUUCUCCUUCUUGUGGUUUCUAUGGGUUAUGGCGUGACACGACCAACUCUUGGAGGAAUUACUUCCAAGGUGGCUCUUCUUGGAAUAAUUUACUUUAUGGCUUCAGAGGCAUUGGAACUUGUAGAGAAUGCUGGGAAUAUAAAUGAUGUUCCCAGGGAAGGAAGGACUUUAUUUGUGAUACCUGUUGCAGUUUUGGAUGCUUUAUUUAUAAUAUGGAUCUUCACUUCCUUAUCAAAAACCUUGGAAAAGUUGCAUGUGCGGAAAAGUUUUGCGAAGCUUGAUCUCUAUAGAAAAUUUACAAAUGCCUUAGCAGUAGCUGUACUCUUUUCCGUUGCUUUCAUUGGCUAUGAGUUAUAUUUCAAGAUAACAGACCCCUUCAACGAAAAUUGGGAAACUUCUUGGAUUAUUAUAGCUCUCUGGAAUUCACUUUCAUUUGUACUGCUUUGUGUAGUUUGUUUCUUGUGGGCGCCAUCCCAGAAUGUUACACGGUAUGCAUUUUCUGAUGAGGCUGGAAAUGCUUUCGAUGAAGAGGAGCUUGUUGCUUUGACUGGAGGAAUUGUGAAGCCAAAAGUUAACGUUUCUAUCAAACAAGAUGUUUUUAGUCUUGGAGAAGAGACUGAAGAAGAUAAAAGAGAAUAAGUCCUAUAUUAUUCCAAAUUGGGCUUAUCAAAUUAGUUGGGAAUACGUUGUUUUCCACCAUAGACGAGCAUAGUUGCUACCCCUUAUUUUAUUUGGAUGUUUUCUUUCAUUGUGCAUUUCUGAUUCUCUUAAUGCAGCAAAUUGUAUGCAGAAAUCAAAGGGAUGCGCCAUGUGUUGUAACAUUAUAAGAAAGUUGUUGCCUCUGUCAUAUUUCUAAUUUUUUCUUGAAGCAAAUAAUUUAGAACCAAGUUCUAACUUUUAACAA